AUGCCGAGCUAUACUUUACAUUAUUUUGAUUUUGAUGCAAGAGCUGAACUGAUCAGGCUCAUCUUUGCAUAUGCUGGAAUCGAAUAUAAAGAAAUUAAUUAUGAUUUCCAGGAAUGGCCCACUAUUAGAGAAAAAUUCCCCUACCAAACUAUGCCUGUUUUAGAGAUCGAUGGCAAGCAACUUGCUCAGAGUGGUGCUAUCACUCGAUACCUCGCUCGUGUUGCUGGAAUCGACGGUAAGAACAGUACAGAAAAAGCAAGAGCUGACAUGUAUUCAGAAACCUUUAUUCAAGAAAUCAUAGAAAAGUCUUAUUCAUUCCGUAUUCCUUUGAUUGAGCCUGAUGAGGAGAAAAGGAAAGAAAUAGCUCAGGAAUUUCUGAAAGAUAAAUUGACUCCAUUUUUCGAUCGACUCGAAGAGCAAUUCAAGAAGAAUGGUGGUGGCCCCUGGUUUUGUGGCGAAACGUUUACCUUUGCAGACUUGUCCUAUUUCCGCAUGAUAAACAACGUAAUGGAUUUGGUAAUGAAAGUUGAAACUCCACAUCCUGAAAUUCGUGCUGUCUACGAACGCGUAGCCAAGCUUCCACGCAUUGCUGAUUAUCAGAAAAAUAAGAAACAACGACCAUUUUAAGCAUUUUUUAACAAUAUUUCUAGAAUAUAGUAUAUAGCCGAAGUUAAGACCCUUUGAAAAUAUUAGACAUCAGUAGCGAUUUGUCAAACUCGGUACGCAAUGAAAUUAUUUC